UUAUCUUCCGCUUACCAUCUGGCAAUGUUGUCAUAAUGAAAUAAUGGCAGCUUCCGUCGUGGGCGUGAUUCGUUCAAAAAACAAUCCGCCGAAAUUACCGCCUUUGCCCGAUUUUGAAAGCUUUAACAAUAAAUCUAUGAACGUGGAAGUACGAGAAGAUGAAGAACAAGAAAGAAAAUUACAGGAAAUUAUAGAACUCCUGUUAGCAGCAGGCUAUUUUCGAGCAAGAAUUAAGGGACUUUCACCUUUUGAUAAAGUUGUUGGUGGUAUGACAUGGUGUAUAGAAGUUUGCAAUUUUGAUAUCGAUGUGGAUCUUCUUUUUCAAGAAAAUCUUACCAUUGGACAAAAAAUAGCUUUGACAGAAAAAAUUGUAGCUGUACUCCCCAAAAUGAAGUGCCCACACCGUAUCGAGCCACAUCAAAUUCAGGGAUUUGAUUUUAUCCAUAUAUUUCCUGUGAUUCAAUGGCUUGUAAAAAGAGCAAUAGAAACUAGAGAGGAAAUGAAUGAUUAUAUUAGAGCUUUUUCUGUUUCCCAGUUUCAUAAAAGUUAUGAAAUGCCUGAGGAUCUUGCUUUAAGGUUAACGAAAGAGAAAAUGAUUGUCGCUUACAAGGAAAUUAAGGAUGUUUACCGACCUCAAAGGCUUUUCCGACAUCACGCUCCUCAUAAAUUAAAAGAUGAAGAAAUUCGAGUUCAAACAACACUGUUAGAAUAUGGAAAGAAAUUUGGAAGCACAAAAAUUGCUGAAAGCAAAGAGGAAGAUCAGUCUGGUGAAGUUCAAGCAGGUAUACAAAAAGCAGCUGAGGAAGAGAAUCGGAUUCAGAAUUUGAUGAAAAGCAUGUCUAUUGCAAAUGAGCAUGAGGUUA